AGCGGGACCGGGGCGCAGGAGCUGGCGCUCUGGCUCGACCCGCAGCUGCAGGCGCAGGAGCAGGGCUCAGCAUGCUCGCGGCCGCCGGGAGCCUCCUGCGGCUCCGUCCGGGGCUCAUCCUCCGCUGCGCCCCGGGAACACCUCGAGAUGCUGCACGAUGGCCCGUCGCGCUUCUCCGGUCCCAGGGUUCCCCCCGCUACUCCAGCGGCGGGACCCCCAGCGGCUCUGGGCCCCAGGGUCCGGCAGGGAAGGUUCACAAGGUCCCCGCCGAGCACAAGCCUUCCCAGUUCGACAAGAAAAUCCUGCUGUGGACCGGGCGUUUCAAAGCGUUGGAGGACAUCCCGCCUCGGAUCCCGCGAGAAAUGAUAGAUGCUGCAAGAAACAAAGCUCGGGUGAAAGCUUGUUACAUAAUGAUUGGACUCACAAUUAUCGCCUGCUUUGCAGUGAUAGCAUCAGCGAAAAGGGCUGUAGAAAGACAUGAAUCUUUAACAAGUUGGAACCUGGCAAAGAAAGCUAAGUGGCGUGAAGAAGCUGCGUUGGCUGCACAGGCUAAACCUAAAUGAUACUCUAAGUGACAAAGAGUUCAUCAGAAUAUCAUCACUAUUAUCAGCAACAAUAAAAGAUAGGUAAAAUAUAGAAUAUUUGACAAAAUAUUUGCCAUGGGUAUUUUUUGGUGACAAGCACAUAGUCUUUUCUAUUUUUACUUUUCAGUGAACUUUUAUUGAAUUCAGACAAGUACACAAAAGUGUAUACACCUUGAUAGAUUGUUACAUA